AUGCCGCUCCGCACCGCUUCUUAUAGUAUGACCCGCAAAUCAACGAAAGAUGGGAGGAAAAGGACAUUGUCGACAGUCUCCAAUACAACCCAACCGACGCAGGCUGGACCUGCUGGAAAUUCCAAACCCAGCGAGAAAGGAUCCAAUGGACCAAACAAGGCUCUGAAGUCGCAGGCGACAACGGAAUCACCUGCAAGUACUAAACCCGGUGAACCACCAAAGAAAGUCCCAGAUGUAUUUCAAUUCCUGGACAAUAAUGAUGGCUCAUCUUCUGAGUCGUCAUCUGAAUCCGGAUCCGAAUCUGAACCGUCUGAGGAUGAAUCGCCGCCGCCGGUCGCGAAGCAAACCAUCACAAAGAUCCAAUCCCCAAAGCCGCGAACUAGCAAUGCAUCGAAUGCGCUGCUGGGGAACACACCUCCCAAGGCACCCGCUCCUCCCUCCACAAGAGCGCCUAGGGUUCCAAGUGACUCACGGCCACUCCCUCCACCGGCGCCGUCGGCGCCUUCUCCAACAGAGAAUCAAUGGCAGCUAGCUCGCAAACAGCCACCUCCUCAAUCGUCUAACACGGGUUACUAUGAUACUUCAGAGGCAGAGAAAUCUCCUCAGCCCAGUCGGCGGCAAUUACAAAUAUCGCAUCCCGAGAAUUAUUAUACAUCGUCGAGAGACGUUGUCCAUCGAUCACCCCUCCCGCCUUCUCCACCCAGCAGCCCGGAGGACAGCAUACAUCGGGACACUCAAAUCAAAAGAAGAGACUCUAGUGCUUCGCAGAUUUCAUCUGGAUAUGGAAUGGUCGCGUCGCACCUCACACACUCUGCCAAUGAAGAGAAGGGGGGGGAUGAAAUUUCCCAAAUGGAAGAAGACCUCCAAGCGCUCGAUGAGUACGAGGAGAUGCACCGAGUUGGGAAUGCCGAGAAGGAGGGCACUAAACCAAUGCCCCCCUCCCGGCGACUCGAUGUUCAGUCUCAAGCCUACUCGUCACUCCACUAUCGUCGCAUGGAAUUGAUGGCGGCUCUGACACAGAAGACAGAGCAGUACAACAACGCUCUCAGUGCGUAUAGUAAAGUCCUGCAGACACUCCCGCGUGCUUCUGAAGACGACAUCAAGAACUAUCGUACCUGGAUGAAAGACCGCAACCCUAUCGCAGCUGCCGAGACCCGUUUCCUGGAUCAAGAUGCCGACCUGGUGUCCUUGAGUCCACGACUGGCGGCAUCAGCGGCAGCUGCUCCCGUCUAUAUGGCCAUCUUCAUUGCCUCGGGUGCCCUUCUCCUACCUCUGCUGGCAUUCAGCAUGAUUGCAGAGUUCUCGGGCCGUCUCGUUGUCGUGACGGUUACCGGUGGCGCGGCCGCGGCUAUUGCAGCAAAUUAUUCAUCAGGGAUCGAUGCCUUGGUGGAUUCCAGAGAUGGCUGGAGGUGUACAAUGCUCUACUUCGGAUUCAUGACCAUCGCCGCCAUGUUUAUGCCUUAA